ACACUCACACUGCUUUUGACUAGAGAGGAGCACACAGAGCGGUCAUCCAGUUGUCAGUGAGUGAGUCAGUCAGUCACUGAGGCAAUAGACUAAAGAGCAGCCGAGUGAAAAACAAGGCUGCAAGGAGGAGAAAAAAAACUCCUUUUUACUCUUUUUUUUUUUUUUUUACAGAUCUCUCUCUGUAGGAAGAGGGGGCUUUAAGAGUUAGGAAGUUUGAGAACAGGAGAAAGUAGGGGAAAGGACAGAGGACAGCAGAGAAGACCAGCUCUUCUUUUUCUUCUUCUUCUUCUUCUUCUCUUGUCUUAGAUAACCAUGCUUCUCCUGGACGAAUCAGAGUCUUUUGCAGGUAGGUGACAUCUUCACAGUUGUCCACUAGCAAAAUGGACUGAGGUGAAUCCCUUAUAUCAAGAAAAGGGUGAGCAAGCUUUCGUACAAAAAGUAAAGAUGUGGAGAUUUUAAAAGUGACAAAACUACAAGAAAAGGUUAAAGAUGCACUGAAAAUAGUCUACGGGUGAUGUUUAGAGGGGUAGCUACUCUGCAGAGGCUCUCGGGAUAAAAGCCUAGUUUGUCCGCAUCAUCCCGACUUAUAAAAGCGUUCAUUGGUCGUUGAAGAGGAGAUCAGGAGGUGAAAAUUGGCUCAUGAAGACCAGAAGGAAGGAAAACGUUGUUAGAAUUGUCUGAAACUAUGUGUCAGGGGUUGAUGAAUGCAUACUUAGUUACUUAAGGUUGUUGUGUAACACGGGUCCGUAACAACCGCAGCCUGCACGGUCUUUACUCUCCUCGUUUCUUUUUUUUUUUGUUCACAGCGAACUCUUCCUCGUUUCUUUAACUACAGGAAAUCGAAAUCGAAAUUCCCUGACCCAUAUAUAUAUAUAUAUAUGAGGUUUUCAACCUUUUCUCGCCUCUCUGCCGGUUUUCUCACUGCGCGUGCCCGGCUGCCUCCCUCGUGUUGUUGUCUCACGAGCCGCGCUUCUAUUGGCUGUUUCUAGGGUUACCUAAACCAAUGCCGAUGCGUGAUUGGAGAAUGCGGGCAGGCUCUGGCCAUGCUGGAUGUGUGAGCAUGUGGAGACAGAAAAACAUAUGGUUCAUCAGACCAGUGGGUUAGCGGGCUAAGCGCGUGAGGCGAAGAGGCAGGCGGGGACAGAGCGCCACGGCAGUCCGUACUUUGUCUGGAUGAGCGACCCAAAAAUCCGUGAGGACGCUUUUUUUCAUUCAUUUAAUGCCUUUACACGUUUGUUAGAAGCAAUUUUAGUGCCACCGUAAGAGAGUUAGCAGCAAGACUUAAUUAACACAUGCUAUCUGAACUUCCUUGACACGUCUCUGUCCGUGUGGUAACAUUUACUGUGAGGAAUAUAGUGAAAGAUACUUAUCUAAUACCUUAUUUUACUGACUCAGAAAAACUCGUUCUGUGUAACAUGCCGACAUUAAUUGGCAGAUUGUGUCUUAUUUUAAAGGGCUGCUGGUAGGACAGUGGUGUUUGUUGUGUAUCUAUAGUGCGGGCCUAGUAAAAUAGUGUUUGAAUAGGCAUCUUUUGGGCUUAAUACCUUACUUUUUAGCUAGCAGUCUAAUCAGGACAUCUGGAGACUCAUCCUUACAACUUCAGGUCAUCAAAGGUAAUGUGCAAUUUAGCUUGAACUCAAUGUCCUAACUCAAAAUAGCUCACUUUUUACCUUCAGAGGGUAAAAACCCGCCAUUAGAUAUAUGAAUAUAGCCAAAGUUAGACUUAACAUGCUCAAUGUUUGCCUUUCUAGAAUGUAUAGAAUGCGUUUUCUGUUUCUUUACCUUAAAUGACCUGCAGUGCACUCCAAGUAUAGGUCUGAACACUCCCAGAUGUAAGCCAUAAAUCAACAAUAACAGUUUAUGUUUGAGUUUAUGUUUCAGAUCCAAUCUGCACUGCUACAUUUAGUAAUAUUCUGUAUUGCGUUAUACUUUCAUGGAGGAAGUUAUUGUCCUCUUCAGUCUGCUUAAGUGUUUAAAUUCAUUCAGCUUUGUAUAAGAAAUAUAACAGGAAAAAUGAUUACUUGCAGACCUCCAAGAAAAACAAGUCAAAUCAGGUCAACUUUUUAUUGUUCAGCAACUCUGAACCGAUCAGUCGAGGAUUCAAAGGGUUUUUUUUUUCAGUGUAAAAACAUGUCCUCAUUUGAUCUGGUUUUGCUCGGGGUGCACAAUGUUCCGCUGCCUCUGCCUCUCACUGUGUGUACUUUUAUUCAGGGAAGCAUUCACAGGGAUCCUCUAUGAACACUUAACUAAUGUCUACAUGCUUGUGAUUCUUAGGAUUGUUCUCUGUGUUUGGCUUGCUGUAAAAAGAGACACUAGACGCCUUGUCAUUGCUGCAAACAUGGCAUGUAGAUAGUUAAAGGGCUAGAAGAACACACUGUUCUCCCUCCCUUCUAUUGUGCCGGUUGUGUGUGUGUGUGUGUGUGUGUGUGUGUGUGUGCUUUUAUUUCACACAUCUUCCCGUGAGUACAGUCUGUCCAACGAGUGAUGAAGUAGUUAUUGUGAGCAGAAAAAAAGUGAGUCAGUGUUACAGCAGCAGCAGCAGCACUCCUUUGAUUCAAUGAAACAGGAAGGACUUAAUUGCACUGAUCCUUGUAUUUGUAGGGCACACUGUACAUACUACAUGAUUGUUAUCAGUCCUGGCACACCUGUCAGGAACAACCUGUCCAACUCUGACCCAGCACAAAGGUCUUUCUUCAGAGCAAGGGCCACAUGUAUGUAGCAGUAGAUGGAGGAUGCAGGCUUCACUGGUUCAGCCAUUUUCCACUUUCAAUGUGCACUCUGAUUCCCCCAAUCUGAAGCCACUGUCUUUGUUUCCCUUUGAUGUGAAUUUCCUUUUUUGGAUAUUAUUGAGUACUGAAGUAUGAAAUCCUUGAUUUAGCUGACUAAAAAAGACACAAAAAAACAUUCAGGGCAUUCCUGCUCUGGAUCCAUAUGUUCAUAGGGCAGAGCUUUUGUGCUACAUAGAGUUACGUAUGUUGCAUUGCUCUUGUGACCAGAGAGUCACCAUCAUGAGAGCAGUGUCCAGUCUAGAACCACGCACAUUAUUUCACAUUACAACCAAACCCAAUUAAAACCAGUACCUUUAUCACCAAGUCUGUGGAGCCUUUGUUUGAGUAAAACCUGAUUAGAAACUCACUCAGUUCUUUGUGAUCCCGUGAGUGGUUUAAUAUUUGAAAUUAAAGCUUUAAUAUGUAACUCACCACAUGCUGUUUCACUUCAUGUGACUUCCUGGCAUAGUGCUAGGGUUACAUUGUAUCUUUCUGAUGAUGACACACGGCUGAAUAAUACUCAGUUAUACUGCAUGCUAAUGAUUAAAUGAUCAAGAAUUGAAUUUCCUUUUGGAGAUCAAUAAAGUUUGUGUAUUGUAUUAAAUGCUUAAAUCAUUGUGUUAAGUUAUCCUAAGUUAAGGCGGGAUAGAGUGAUACUUUGCAGAGAAGCUGACAUGCAUGCCAGUUGUUUAGUGGACCUGAAUGUUGAGCAGUUUAUCUUACGAUAAACUUUAGUUCAAGCCAAAAAAGAAAAAGUGGUGCCAAGGUUUUCCAGAUGAAUAACCCUGCACUUUCAUAUAUGAAGUUUAAUGGAGCAUGCUGUGCCUUAAGGCUGGUGACAGUCAUUUACUCAACUGAGUAUAAAUGCACACGUUGGUUAGAUAUUAUCAACUGCAACACUACCCAUUUAAAAGAUACACCACACCCAUGCACAGUUAGUCUUUUGCAGCUUUUAGACUCUUGCAAAACAGUCAUGUAUUCAGUUGUUCCUUUUCUGGCUGUGCUACGAUGUCUUUGCCAUUUAAAAGGUACACAUGUGUUUCGCUUGCGCCAGAAGAGCUUUAUUUGAUUGUGACUCAGAACUUCAACUCAGGAACAUGCAAAAAACUUGUGCUCUAGUUUUGGUUCUGAUACAAUUUUUGACAUUCCUGCUCACUAAGUCUAAGGUGGAAAUUUUAGACCUUUUGUUUUUCCUUCAAGAAUGAUUAAAACUGACUUUGUAGUUGAUAGUUUUUUCUAGGCUAAUCAAUCCCAUCUCUGUUGAGAUAACUGAGGUGACGGUGAGUUCUUAAUUUUUCCUCCUGUAGUAAAAGUAAAUCUCAUUGGGUGCAAAAGUAUCCCUGCAAAACACAAAGUCCAACCAGCUUCAAGUCCCACCCUGAUAGUUUUUUUUUUCUACUUAAAGUGUUCUCAGCGGUCUUUAAGUUGUGAUUAUGAAGCUUUUAGCUAAAAUCACGUUACCUGUGUCAUUUCCAAAGAUUUUCUUCUGCAGAGCUCCAGUAGCUCAUUAGCAAUUCGCCUCUGAGUCAUGGGCGGAGACAGCGCUGCUCUGCACACUCCUCUUCACAAAUACUCAGAAAUGCAAUUUCUGAGUAUUUUUCUCAUAUGUCCUGUAACAUCAGACAAAUGUCAUUAAACAUGUUGACAACAAGAAAAACAUGUUUUUUAUUGCAGUGGGUCUUAAAGACAAGAGUUAUUCAUCAUUUUAGUUGAAUCAAUUUAUGGUUUUAACUCUUUGUGGCAUUUUCUCAGAUUAAAACCACAGUUUGUGCAACAGCCAAAUGAUUCUACCCGAAACAAAUGCAGUUUAGUGCUUCUCUGAUUCAGAUUUGGUUGUGUGGUUGUGUGUAGGUGAGUUUUCAGCAUCCAGAUGUGUGUGUGUGUGUGUGUGUGUGUGUGUGUGUGUGUGUGUGUGUGUGUGUGUGUGUGUGUGUGUGUGUGUGUGUGUGUGUGUGCACUCUCCUUUCUCUCCUCCUCCCUCCUCUUCCUCCCUCUGCAGCAGUGACACACUGGCCUACAAACAGAGUGUUCCACCUCGCCUCACCCCUCUGCUGCUUUCUCUCUUUCUCUCUCAGUUUUUCUCAUACAUGCAUGGUCUCUAGCCCUUCUUUCUCUUUCUCUCUGUUGUUUUUUUUGUAUUGCCAUCUUCUCCUCUUGCUGCUUCACCAUGGCUCUGAGGGAGGGUUUCAUAACUCACCUGCCUCACUCUAAUAAAGCCGCCUUAAUAACUCAUUCAGGCCAGUCAGUUAUAUAAGAGAGGUGUGUGUGUGUGUGUUCAUGUCAGUUUGUGUGUGUAUGUGUGUAUGCUGCAUUAAUCUUUGUGAUUUUGUCUUCUCAAGGCGGGUUAUGUAACCAAGUUAAAUCUUGGUUUGUCUUGGAAAGGAAACAACUGUUUCUCCACAAGUAUUUCUUCUUCGGUUAUGGCUUUUCUUUUUUCUCUCCAGCUUGUGGUUUGGGUCUCUGUGUCGGAUCCUUGUGAUGUUUCUCCUCAGUUCACCUUAGCAGACAUUGUGCCAAGAAGAAACGUAAAGGUGUGGAAGUGAAAUUCAGUAAAUUCAACUUGAGUCUAGUUUUCCCACAGGUGUGUCUUCUUUUUACUUCUGCCAAGGGCUUUCCAUGUAUUUUACGUUUCACAUGGCCUUAUUUUGUUUAUGAUUGGAAGCAAGCUUUUAAAAUGGUAGGUUUAUGUCAGCUAAGGAGUAAGUCCAGCCUGUGUGGUUCUUAACUGCAGCUUGAAGAAACACUGGAAAAGUUAAGCAGACAUGUUUUAUUAGUCCAGUCCAGUUUCACUGCUUGUUAGCGGGCUAUUUAAAAAACAUUACUUACGAUCUGUAUCAGGGCUGCACGAUUAAUUGAUUUUAAAUCGUAAUCAGAUUAUUUGAUUAUAACUAUUUAAAAAAAUUGAAAUCAUCAAAUUAAUUUUCCUCUCUAUCAUGUCUUGUGCCUUCGGGCCAACAUAGGCUCCCCCUUCCUGCGAGAGUGCUCCCCAGUUACCACACACACCAGUGUAAACAAACAUGGCGUUUGCAAAAGAAGGCGAUAAUUUUGUGGCUAAAUAGGGCAAGAACAAGUCAGUCGUGUGGAAUUGGUAUGACUUCACAGUUUCAGAUGAAGAGCAAACCACUCCCCGCUGUAAAGUCUGUCUGAAGGCUGUAUCAACCAGUCCACAUGGAAAUAAAUUCAGGAAUAAACGCAAAAGUUUUUGUUGUAUUGGCAUUUCAUCCACACGGAAACAGUGUUUUUGGUGACUGUAAAUGGUAAAAACGGGUCAGAGAGUGUAUAAAUCUGUGUAUAAAGACUAAUAUUUCAUCUCUGUUUGGAUGCCUAUCCAUAUCUCUUGAAACGACCGUGUGACACACAGCAACACAUAGCAACUAUUUAUGGCGCCUGUGCAUGUCCGGCCAAACAACCUUUAUACGCAUGAUCUGUACUCUUCUUCUGCCUUUUGUGCAUUUCCUUGGCAGUGAUACAUCUCACUGUCUGGCUUGGCAUAUGAACUACAAAACUUUCUAUUUUUAAAGUGUCACUGAAUGAAAAAAAUUGAAAUUGAAAAUCAAGUUUUCAGAGAAAAUGGCCAAAAUGGUGCAGCCCUGAUCUGUGCCUUUGUAUCCUCAUUUAGGUCCUAACUGUUGAAGUUGUGUUAUCUCCAGCUAUCUUAUAGGACAUUCACAGCCCAAUAAAGCUUAUAUGUACUUCUGCACCCAGUCUAGGCCAUAGGAAAACUGCAAGUUCACGAUAAAGAAGCCUACACACAUAGCCUAGUAUGCACCUCCUCAAAAAUGUCCCAAUAAUUGCUCUAUGAUAAACUGCUGCUGAUCAUGUGUCAGCUCCAACUUUAUAAUGUCAUACAGUUCAGAGGCCACGAUAAGACCUCUCAGAGGCCUGAGUAUCACAGAGCCACACAGAAACUUAGUGCACAAGCAUGUAGUGCUCUUAACAGCCACAGUGUAGCUACAAUAUAGAGUCAACACAGAAGUAUACACUAAACCACAGUCCCCAGCUGGUGUACAGAAACUGUGGAGAGACCAGAGGAACUUCUAUUUUAGGUGAAAUGCUCUCAGUGAAAUGUUUGUCCUUGUUUCUCAGUGGCUUUCUUUUCUCUGACUGAUCCUUUGAACACACAGCUUCUUUUCAUACUCAGCAUCAUAACAAUGUUGUCUGCACAUGAACUGUUAAUUUAUGUCGUGCUCUGAAGCUGAUUCAGGUUAUCCAAACUGCUGCUGAAAUCAUUACUCAACCAAGGGUUUGGACGCUUUUCAGAAAGUUGAUGAUAGAGUGAAAAGGUCAAACACAUGCAGAAUUUUUUUUUUUUUUUAGCUUUUUCAGAGUGAGAAUUGGCUGGUUUGGUCACUGUUAUGUAAUUUGAAACAGCAUCGUCACGGGCUGGGACUGGUUGUCAGUGAAAACAAGCAGUGUAACGUUGUCUUUGAGUCUUUGUUCUUAAUCAGCUGAAAUCAUUCAGGAUGGUUUUCCUGUAGCUGCCCUUCAUCAAAAAGAUGAAAAGGAAAAAGACCUCAGUAAGCUUUACUGAACAGCAGGAGUGAGGUGGAAAAUCCUGACAUCAACAGCACACACACACACUGUCACCCACACAUGUUGUUACUUUCACAGGCACACAGACUCAUCACUGUAUAUGAACCUCUGCAUGUCUGUGAGGAUCUGAGUCUGGAAGUCCUGAAGUUCUGUAAAUGUCACUGUGUUCGUCUGGGUCUGCCAGCUCCUGUGAGUCUGUGACAUGGUACAUCUUUUUGUGGGAGUGUGAGCGUGCGUGCGUGCGUGCGUGUGUGGGUGAGUGUGUUAGUAUGUGCGUACAGGACGUGAGGUUCUUGUGAACAUGCUGGUUGUGUAACAGCCAGAGGCAGGCGUUACAUAAGCGUCCCCCCUUGUCUGACCAGCCUCAGCGUCGGUGGCCUGUCUGUCUGUUAGAGAGCAACUCUGUCUGAGUACAGCUGAGUGUGUGUGUGUGUGUGUGUGUGUGUGUGUGUGUGUGUGUGUGUGUGUGUGUGUGUGUGUGUGUGUGUGUGUGUGUGUGUGUGUCUAAAGCAGGUCAUCUCAUUGUCUGCAGCAGACUCUUCUGGCACAUCUGAGUGUGUCCCAAAAAAGAAAAUGUGAAGUUUUCUUGUGUCUCUUAUUGGCCUGGGCUGUUAGCACAACCUACUGACCUCAUUAACACCUCCACCUUAAGCCAUGAAGGGUCCUCGCUCUCUCUUCAUUAACAGUCUGACCUCUUUUGACGUCUUAACUCCAACAACUCAAGUGAAUGGAAAGAGGCUGGUUGCUGACUGUCAGAUAAAAUCAGGAUUGACGUUUCGUGGUUCAGUGUUUUUUAUUACAGUUUGCAAAGAUGCUUUUGCGUCAUUACCUCAUUUUUUCUCUUGGAUUUUUGAAAGAAGCAGCUGACUGUGUUGAAUUGGAAGUAUCAUGUUAAAUCGUGCACUACUGCUAUUCAGCUUUAUUUAAACUUUAUUACUACUACUUUUAUGUGGGCACUCACUCAUUUUUUAAAUUUGAUUUUCUGAUCUUUUUUUUUGAAUAAGUGGACUUACUGUCUUGAGUUUCACAAAGUUUAAUAGCAAAAAAGUUUUUUAAAGUACUUUUUUAUACAUAUUUUCACUUAUUAAUUUAGUAGAUUAGUGACAUGUCCCAUCAAUGUCAGUUUCUCCAUCAUACAAUAACUUUCACUCUUUUUGAAAGUAACCUGAAUUUUUUUUUAAGACCAAAGAAAAAAAAAACAUGAACAGCGACCCUUCUUGGCCAAAGAGCAUGCACUGUUAUAAAGAAGGUCUGAAACUGCCAGUAAGCACUGAAUCGUCAGACAGAUGAAAUUACACCUCGUAAUGAUGGCUGUAUACUGGAUGUCUCAAGGUCUCUCUGCCCUCUGAGACGCUAUUCUCUGUUUUAUAACUGAACAUCCAGAGAAGAAGAUUAUGUAAGAAAUGGGACACACUGGCCGAUGAGCGUGCUCAAACAUGCACCUGGGAGAAAAAAAAGGUGGAGGAAAAACAGGUAAAAGUGGGACGUAUUAGACCUGAGGAAAAUAAGAGAGAAAACCAUUAUGUGAAAGGAAAGGACUAGUAAAAGUUUGAAGAGGUGGUUUAAAAAAGCACUUCUAGAUAGUUGUGGAGGAAGAGGAAGAGGAGGAGGAGGUCUCAGCGGGUAGAAGCAAAGAUAGAUUAGGAAGGAAAGUGAGCAGUGGAAGAGUGGUAACAAGUGGAAGGUGGUAAGAAGAGGAGGAAGAAGGAUGAGAAACAGGAAGGACAAAAAUAUGGACUGAAACAGGUCCAAAAACAGCAGAAGAAAGAGGAAGGAGUCAGAUGUUUCCUUUUUAAAGGUGUAAUCAAUAAAUUUAGACUUUCAAGCCAAACUGAGGCUUUUUUUUUUUACUUCUGACACUGAAAAAUGCUCCUUAUAUAAAACCUUACAAAAGCUUUUCUUCAAAGUGUUUAUUAGGGAUGCAGGAUAUUGAAAUUCCUCAGAGAUUAGAUAUGCUGACUUCAUCAAGCUACCAGCACAAGCAAACCUUUUGUAAUUAAAAAAAAAAAAAAGUACACUUCUCCUGGACUAGAAUAUACCCUCAUUCUGAUAGACCGUGUUCUAUCUAAAGAUAAGCGCUUUACCAUACAGCUGUUGUUGAGAUACAUGAUCUUGUGAUAAAGACAUGUUGUUUAGAUUCCCUGUGCUUUGCAAAUAUGCAAAUGGUUGUUUUUUUUCUGUCUGUUACAGCACUUCAGAGUACUUUGACACAGCUGACAUCUUGAAGUUGUUUGCUGUCAUUGCUUCAAUAAUUAAUCUGUCAUCUCAUCAGCUGAACAUUUUGUCAUGAACUUUCAGUCAGUCAACACAGAUAGUUUUUUUCAACUUUCAUCUGCCAGUAUCACUAUAAUGCCUAUAAUAUUAAGCAUCCUUCAUAUUUUUGUACAAGUGAGUUUCUGCUGGAGGUGGAGGCCACAAAAGCGAACUUUAUCAGAGCCUUUUAUAAUAGAUAAACAUUUGAGGUUUGUUUAUUGCUUUCAGUUUUGGUAGAAACGGUGUUUUCAUACUGAUUACCGUCAGAGUUUUAUCAUUUAUUUAAGCAGAGUUACGCCCUGUUUUCUUUUUUAUUGAAACUACAAAACUGGAGUCACAAAUCUAUAUUAAACAUGACUACACUGUGAGUUUCCUUUCCAAAAUCGUUAUAUCCGGAGCUGCGUGACUUGCUGAGGUCAGAAAUCUGUUGUUACUAAACCCUUUUCUCAGCAUAUUUGUCAGCUGUUUCGCAUAUUCCCGAUGUUAUAUCAAGUGUGCCCAUGCUUAUGAAAUAACAGAGGUGGAACAGUCAUUUAGAAAUGAUUACCUAAUCAGGAACUCUGAUUUUAAACCUGACAGUGUUCCCGCAGACUCUUGGUUUCCUACAAAAGCUGCCCCAUCACUGGCCUUUCAAGACAGAAGUUACGCAAUUCUUUUUAUGUUUCGAAAAACAUGUUGAAUAACGACUAGAGAAUAGAAACCUUUCUGGGUCUGAGUGGAGAGGACACAAAAUUGAUCCUUUUUUUCUCUCUGUAAAGUCCAGCUUAACUCUCUUUUGUCAAAAUGAUUAGAUGUCCCAGUCUGGUGCUCCGUCAGUGUUAAUUCUGUGUCCCUCUAUUUCCUGUCUACUUCCUGGAAUCCCCAGUCUGUUGGAUAACCAGUGUGUCCUCUCUGUCUUUGUGUGUGACGUGGAGGAUUCUCCACCAUGGAGUAGUAAAUAUCUGCCGUCAUCAGUAAUCUCUUUACGUAGACAGAGAGUGGAGGACGGAAGGUGAGACACAGAACGUCCGCUCCUGUCCUCUGAUUGGAUUGGUUUAUGUGAUGUCAUUUAUAUUAACUGUUAUGCUCUGUGAGUCACAGGGGCGAGCCUCAGAGAGCAGGGGCAGGACAGUUAAAGAUGGGCUUUGUUUAAGAGCAUACAAACACCUGAAGACAGUGGCUCCUUGGUUCAGCAGUCUGGUAUGUUUAAACUCUGCUCUGUGUUUGCUGUAUGGCUGAGUGACAAAAUGAACCUGGUAUGUAGGUCAGGCACUCAGGGCCUCAUAUUUCCUGUGCGGCUGUUUAUAUAUGCAUUUGUGCAUCUCCCAGGUUGCACUUGGAGAAUUCAUGAAUUGCAGAUGCAAAUAAAUCUUGUUCAGGCUUAUCAAACAAAGUCUGACUGAAGAAGAUCAGCAAAGAUUCUGUCCUUGGGUAGGCACUGACGUCUGUGCAGCAGCAGCAGAUCGAUAGUUUGUUUCCUCAGAGUUUUAACAGGAUUUUGAACCUUUGGAGUGAUCAAUUAUUCUCACAGCAGGUUAUCUUUUUCUCUGUAAAUCAGAUUCUUGCUCUCUGAUUGGCCUAACACUUGCCGGCUUAAAGAACAAUUUUCUGUCAGCUGAGAGACUGACUUCUAGGGGUGGGAGAAAAAAUCAAUACAGCAUAGUAUCGCAAUAUUUUGUCUAGUGACAUAUCCUAUUCAUUGACCAAGUAUUGAUGUUUUCAAAUCAAUUAUUAAUAUGAAGUCAGAUCUUUGACACCAUAGAGCAGGAGAAAGUUAAUACAACAAAUAUAGCAGCAAAGGACAAAGACGCAAAGACGUUAGGAAUGAAAACAGGGCACAAAUGAGAUGGACCUGACACAUAAGGUUUGCAAGAUGUGUGACAUGAAAAUAAAAUACAGUGUAAAUAAGACAAACAUAAAUGAAAGACAAAUGCUAAAUUAGCUAAACAUUUGGAAAAUAUUAUAGUCUUAUAGUCGCAACAUAUUGUAUCGCAAUACUCACUGUAUUGCAAAAUGCUAAAAAUCACAAUAAUAUUGUACUGUGGCCCAAGUAUCGUGAUAAUAUGUAUCGUGGUGCCACUGGUAGUUCCCACCCCUACUUGAUACCCCACUUAAAGGCAUUGUAAGGAGUUUGAAAUUGAUUUUUGAAAUUAACACACUAUUGGACUGAUGCCUCGACAUGACCUACAUAGAAAAAUGAGACUAUAUUUAGAUUGGUCGCACUAUUUGGCUGAGUUCUGAUUCCUUAUAUCUGGGUAGAUUUUUAUGUGAAAAAAGCUGGGUCUAUAUUUGGUAUUCAGCUAAAACUCUGCUGGUAAAAUUUAAGAAAUUUUAGCUUAAAGAAAGUACUUUUUUUUUCACUACUGAAUGAUUUGGCUGACAUUUUCGUAGGAUUAGCAAAAAGACAAACUUUCUGUGUGGUUAUUGUUUUGGACAAAGAGCUAAGUUGGCUUCUGACAGGGUUUAACAUGAAUGCUGUUGUGCAAAUACUUCUCUGCUCUCUGAGGACAAAAAAGCUAAACUGUGUAGAUGUAGGGUAUUCUAACAUUUGCUGGCACACUAAAGCACAUAUCAUGACACUUAGACUGUAAUAGGUAACAUUAAACCGAUUCAUCUGAUCUGAAUUUUCUCGAGCUAAUCGUCAUACAUUAGGGUCAAAGUUGCAGAGUGAGCUCAUUGCUCUACCUCCUGUUUAUAGUUUUCUUGAGUUAAGAAAUGUAGCAACAAUAAUCAAAUCUGUAUCUCAUUCAUUUGCUUACACAGUAAAUGCAUGCUUUGGCGAGAUAGUAGGUGAUGGUGCUUGUGGGUAAUGCAAACGAGGAACACUUUGAUUUCGUCCAAGGGAGGUCACCAUGAUCAAGAAGUGACCAGACUCUACCACCUGACGACACUUUCACGUGGAUUCCUCUCUCUGAUACUCGUGUUACAUUUUAACAUUUUAACUGUGAAACUUGAACGAGUAGCUGUUUUGAUACUUCGAUCGUUACCUUCAGCGUUAACAGCAGUUCAAUCUUCAAAUACUCCAGGCUACAGUUGCCGCACAUUUCGGUUGUGGCUCACAGCUGAGAAAAACAGAUUGCAGAGGAAAAGUAACAUUUAGUUCCGUCACAGUCCAUUGGAAUAAGUAACAGAGCCAUCCAGGAAAAAUGUCGGUGGAUGACUGUACAGAUUAUAAUCUUUACAAGUAUUUGGAGCUGGAGGGCAGACAGUCACCCAUCUGUUCCAGGGAAGUUUCUUUUCUUUUAAAAGCCGCCUCCGAUAUCCACAAAAAAAACUGACUAAGUGCUGCUAUGAAACUUUUUCUGUCAAAUCUGUUUAACUAACUUCUAAGUUAACUUUAGAGCAAAAAUGAGUCUUGUAUACUUGAGGAUUGACAUUGUGAAGGCUGAAAUGGUUUUCACUGAGAAAUGGAGGCUAAACAUGAUGUUUUCCUUCCUUCUUUGGUGAACACAGUUCUUCAUUUGGUGGUUCAGGAUUCAGUUCAGUGUGUUUGAUCCUUUCCUGUCUCCUCUUCUUUCUAUAACACUGACACAGUUUUUGCUCUAAUUAGUCACACACACACUGUGUGUUUCAGCGUCAUGUUUUUUUGGGCAGUGCAACUCUUCACAUAUACGUAGAUGUGGUUAUGUAACCUUGUGGUUUAAGCAGACAUUUCCCCGCUUCAACCCCCCCCGAGACACGCACAGAAUAAGCGAACACACACACACACACACACACACACACAAAUACACAAACAUCAUUUAUUUGCUGAUGGCCUCACAUUCUUUGGAGUUCCGUAUAUCUUGGGUACACAUUGUGCUGUGUUUUACUGAGCAGCAGGUCUUCCAACCACAGGGCGCGUCCAACAGAACAAAUGACUUAGAAAUGUAUCUGCGGGUGCUGUUGACUCUGUGACACUUGCAGAUGAUGACUCAGCUUCUCAGCCAGACACACGGUGGUAUUUCACCCUCUCUACACAGAGUCAGAAGUGAUGGAGGGCAAAGGGUUCAAGUGCAGAUAUACCCCUGAUCAUCUGUUUUUUUCAGCACAGAACAUAACUCAUGUCUGAGUCUGACACAACAACAACAAUCUGUCCUUCACCAGAUCUAGAGAUGACCCCUGACCCCUGAGAGUGUUCCUGAACGAGGUGUGCAGGCUGAAAUGGAAUUAAGAGCAGCAUUUAAUUGAAGAUUUGACAGGUGAAAGGAUGAGUUUAGAAAGUUUGAAAAGCCAAGAAUGUGUCCCGCCAACGUGUUUUUUUUUAUGGAGUUCAAACAUAUAAUAGUGAAGAUUGUGGCAGCAGGUUUGCAGCCAAACAAACCAAAAGUUUCAGGACUGCAUAUUUUUCAGGAAAGCUGAGAGUUUGGCUAUUAGCUGUGAUUCCAAAACACACUGAGGCACUUUAUAUUUAUACUUAGUCUCAGUGAGGUUCUUCAUCUGUCUGUUAACACACAGAUGAAGAAUGGACAGGUGUGAAAAAAGUUGCUCCACCUCUGAACCUCCUUUGUAGGUAGUAUUAGAGGCAGGAUGAGGGUGAGACAGUGUCAGAUCAACACUGCAUUAGUGUGUGCAUGUCUGAGUGCACAUGUCAGUUUAUGGAGCACCCACUGUGUGUUUGCAUGCCAAACCUUUGCACUUAAUGCCAAUGUCCCGUUUAUUCAGACAGAACAGUAUUGUAUAUGAUUUCCUGACUUAAUGAUGUCAGACUGAUAUUUUCAAAAGCAGCAGCAGCACCAGGUAGACAGAAGAGGACAUGUUGGAUGUUAAAUGUAGUUCACUUGUUGUACUUCCAUAUUCUCCCAUCUAAGGACGCCCUCCAGCCCUGCAAGUGGUUGUUAUGACAUAUAAUUUAAUGUAUGUGAGUGUGUCUGUCAUAGCAGAGAAAUGCUUCACCUUUUACCUGAAUUAGGCCUGCUGUUCUUAUGUCACUCUCUAAUUUCUAGCAGAACCCAAAACUUGUGUUUGUUAGUUUAGUCAUUUUUCCGGUUUCAUAGAUCCUCAGAGGAAAGCAGGCAGUGAUUCAUUAGUUAUAUAAUGCAUUUUGUGCAUUUUUGUGUAUGUAUUGUAUUGUGUAACUUGUCCCUACUGUCUGGUCAUGAUGCAGUGAGGCUCUCCCAAAGGCGUCUGUGUGUAUGUUUGUGCACAGGUCUGUGAAUUUGCACCUCUUUAUUUGUGUCGGUUACUUCACCUUGACAUUUCCAAACAGAAGGAUAAACAAAAUCAUUGCUGCCUGCUCCUGAAUGCACCAUUUUUCCUUCACAUUCAGAUCUCUUAUCUAAUGUAAUCCUGACAUCGUCUGGGUAUUUUUUUUAAGUUUGGUGUGAUUCUGUGAACACCUGGAAAGUCUCAUUAAUAGACUACUGAAGGAGUGAGAGGGUAUGAAGGUGAAGACAACUGAAAGAGUGCAAUCUGGAGGUUAUGAAACAUGUUUGGCAGCAUUUUUUCAUCUGAUUUCUCUUUAAGUGGAGUUCCUUUUAAGGAAGUGGAAGAGAAACAAACCAUUGGCUGAAUUCCAUUUUGCUUUCAGGGUGACAAAUGUUACAUAAAGGGCUGCAGCUGAUGCCAAAGUCUCCGCAAUGUGAUGUAAAAGUCUGACCUCACAUUUGGUUCCAGCCUAAUCAGUUUAGUCUUCUUUUGUAAUUGAACACAUAAAAGUUGCUUCAUGAUUGAUUAAUCCGUUGGUUUAUUUUUAGAUGAAUGAAUGAGCUGGUCUGAGUUGUCAAAAACAAAACACUCAAAUACCCACAGAAAUCCCAGACUCCAGGCAACUUCUUUCACUGGGAUGGAUUAAACUCUUUUCCUCUCUUUUCUUGAAUGUGACAAAAUUGUGGCUCUGCUGCUGGAAGACCAUCAAGAGUUAAUCAUUUCCUGUGAAAACAAGCCAAACAACAUCAAAUCAGCCUGACAGUGAUGCUCCACUUUCAGCUGCUCCCACUUCUGGAGUUCAGUUUGUCUCUAACAGAUGAAAGUGUCUGGUUUGGGUGCUGGUUUAGUUCAGGGGUUCAAGCUUGGGCCGUAGCAUUCAGAGUUUCAGCCCCUGCCAUAUGACCCCCUCACUCCCUCCCUUUACCUUUUGUUUUCUAUCAGUCUUCAGCCUUUCAAAUGUAAAAAUAAGGUGUAUUUGAAAUGCUAAACUGGUUGUUGGAUUUUUGGGUAACUUUCAGGCUCCAUGUUAAAAGGUUUUUCUAAUCCAUUUCACUCUUAUUAGCUGCGUUUCCAUUACCCAUAGAUUUGCGCAAAACGUAAAUAUCGCAAUAGAAAACUGGUAAUGGAAACACCUACAUUUCGAAAAACCUCCCAAAUAUCGCUAAAAAGUUUUUACGCUCUCAUGAGGUGGUUUUUCAGAAGUGUCGAUAUAGAAGUAUAUCGCAAAAGUGUAAUGGAAACACUUUUCUCGCAAUUCUCUGUCACCGGACGUGACGUAGCGGGUCAAGUGACCAGUUCAUUUCAAGCGUAGAUGGCACGGUAUAUGUGGACGGGGGAGGAGACGGACUUAUUUCUGAAGUUUUGAAUUGUAUUUGUAUUUUUCUGAAGUUUUGAAUCCACAAUUCGUCUGUGAAUUCCUCAUUAACGAUCCUCUCCCAGAAAUCGCUCAUCCGUGUCCGCUCCCAUACAUACGGGCUUUGCCUUUGAAUUAUCACCCGCUGCCUUCGUCUUCUGAUGACAGCAGCGGCAACAGCAGUAAUGGUCACAGAAAUAGCUGCUCCAAAACGAAAAAUGUUUUGUGUCUCGUCCAUGUCGGUGUGCAAAAAGGCUUAAGGAAUACGAGGUCGCACGGGCAGGAAGUUUACCUCGUUGCUAGGCAACGGCCAUUUAAACACGGCUCGCGAGAGGCAGACGGCUCGCUUAUGCACUGAACACCAUUCAAUGGAAACACCCGCAAAUCGCAAUUGUACUUUGUCGAAAUUUGAUAAACAUCGCUUUUAUUUUGCGAAAAAAUGUAAUGGAAACGCAGCUAGUGUCUGAUAGAUCUUGCAAAGUUAAUCAGUAUCUCUUGCUUCUUUAUUAAGUCUAUUUCAUAAGCAGCUCUUUAAACAAAACCUGAACUUAUAUUUUUAUGUAAUAAAGUAUGUUGCGUACUGAAAUUUAAGUAUGAAUAAUAAUAAAAAUAAAAAAAAGAAUCCACACAUUCCUUACUCUUUUUCAUCCAGCGCUAAACACCUCAGAUUAACUAAACAGAUUAGUAUCGGGGGGGGCACACCGGAUGUCAGCACAAGGUAUGCCUAACAGCUUAUAAAAUCAGAUUUGGUAACAUAUUUCAUAAUGCCCAGCCAGUCGCCCUCUCUUGUCUGCCCUCUAUGUGCCGCUCUUUCUUUGCCCCCCCCAUCAUGACUAAUUCCUUAACUUGUUGUCCUCGUGACCCUAAGCUUGUUGCUUGUUUGUAACUGUCCCCUAUAUAUGUUUUUACUGUGUGUGGGUGUGUGUGUGUCUACACUCCGUCAGACUCAAAAGUGCAUCUCUCUCAGUCUCUUCAAAUGGCGACCCCUCUUUCAUCUCCUGCCUCUCCCCUCCCCUCUUUCCUCCCCUGUCUGCCUGCUCUGUGUCCGUUGUGUCCGAUCCGAGUCCUCUCUCUCUCUCUCUCUCUCUCUCUCUGUACGUGUGUGUGUGGUGUUUAGGCUGUAUGCAUUUGAGGAAUCGUUAUAUAACUGUUUUGUAAUGUAGGGUUUGACGGGAGCAGGGGGAAGAGCAUGGGGAAGAUGGGUUCAUGGAGUGAGCAUGUUAUUUUGGUCCAUCUUUGUGUUGAAAAAGGGUCUUGUUUUUCUGCUCUUAUCUCUGUCUGAAUCAUCAAACCUGUGUCCAGUCUGGUGAAAGCUUUUCAUUGACCUUUCAGAUAAACAACAUUGCUGCUCAUUCCUGGAAAAGAAACCCUAUAGUUUGCAGGAAGUACUGCCUUUUUAUGCUUCCUGUUUUUUCUUUUGAUUGAAGUCUGUGGAAGAAACAGAAGUGGGGGUCUCUUCUUGGUGAGCAGAAACUCAAACAACUCUGCACACAUGUGAAAACCAGUGAAAACUCAUGGUCUGCUUUGAAUUGUGUCUUAUCAUUUGGCUGAUUCAUUGUCUAACUUUUAAGAAAUAUUGACCUGUCUGGCUGUUGUAGCCUGAAGAAGCUGUUCAGACUUUCUAAAGUAGUUGCAGGCUCAAGUCCAGCCAGGGGACUAAAAUAACUUCCAUUGGACAAUAAGUUCUAGAUUUACUCUAGACACUCUUAAUACAGGAGCUGACAGUUUUCUGAGAAGUUACAGGGAUGAAGUUGUCAGGUGUCUGCGUGCUGGAUUGAUCAAGUGGCAAGUUUCAGUCUCUAAAAAGAUAUAAAGCCAAUGGACAGGUGUUGAAGACUGCAGUUCCUGGAGUGUCCAGUAGAGGCUGGCUUCAAAAGCCAAAGAGUUGAUUUCAACACCAUGUUAAAUUUAGGCUAUCUAACUUUUAAACAAAAAUCAAUGUGUUUGUAAAAAUCCUACCAUUCAAACACAGCGAGAAUGACCACUUCAUUACCUGAAUUAUCAAUAAUCUUAACACAAGUGAGAUGUCAUCGUACAUUAGAAUUUUAAUGACACUUUUAAUUUAGAGGAAGAUUUGCAUAAUUAGCUCAGUGGAUAGCUUGACUUACAGAAGAGUGUGGUGAAACUGAGAGCCAAGAUGCUACAGGCUUGAGUCAUUUAGCUGGAGUCAGCAUUUCCAAUAUGGCCCCUUUACACAGUCUUUCUACAGUCUAUGGUGUGGGUGUAGCUGACUUGCUGAGAGCCUUCAAACUCCGAGUACAGCCUGUGGUUCCAUUAUUUCGGUUAUUUGACUGUGAACUGAGCAGAUCAAAGUUUUAAAGAUGAAAGAAUUAACAGACUAACUAACAGACAUUUUACUCAAAUAAUAGUGCGAACAGUCAAAGUUAGGGUAUCAGCCAGAUCUGUGUUCAUGCUCUGACAGCUGUGAUGUGUGUAAGACAUCAAAUGAUAAUCCACAAGAGGAGGUUUGUCUCAGCCCACGAGUCCGGUCUCAUUGUGAAACACACCAAGGAACAUUUUGCGCUGACCAAUCAGGCAAAUUCAGUACAACAGAAUAAGACAAUUAAGCAAGUGCUUAAUUGUCUAAGGUGUUGUGUGGUCCACACACUGGCACACUGACCCAGGGCAGGGCGUUGCGCUAAAGAAAGCGGCCUGAUGUUUCGGCUGCACAGGCGCCAUGGGCUCCUUACACCACUCUGGGUUUGUAACGUUUUGCAUUGCAUGCGCUCUGGCGCGUGGCGCUGCUUCAGGUGGUGAAAAAGAUUUUAGGUAUUCCCCGACUUUGCGUGAACACGUACUUGACAUAAUUUGCAGUGCUCUGCUUUAUGUCUGACGUCAAGAAAACCAAAAUACCUCCACACCACUGACGUUUUAAUGCCAGUGUUGUCCACAUGUCAUCAUCUGUUGAGCCUUCAUCUGCAUUUCUGCCGGGGGUAGCACUUAUUUUCUUCUUUUCUCACAGACAGCGCUGUCGGCUUCACCUGUUAGAGUGAUAUGGUUGGGUGUAGCUGCUGCCUGCUACUACGUAGUUGUUUGCGACUUGGUUCUAAGUGGACUUUGAGCAGCUCCCCUUUUCAUUAUUGAAACUAUUGAAAAGCAUAUUGACCAUGUUUUAUAUUGAUAUUGAGGGAAAUUAAUUUACGAUAUGUAUCGUUAUCGUUUUAUCGCCCAGCCCUAUUAGCAGUGUGUGAAUCCAUAUGCCUGGGAUUACUUUGGUCACUUUACAUGACAGCCUCUAUUCUGUAUGAAUGUAGUGCACAGUGUAAAGAGUGGUGACUGGAAAAAGACAGCAUAAGUAAAGGCCAUUCACCACUUCAGUACGAGAACUAUGCUGCGUGGGUGGACCAAUUAGGGUCCCGUGUUUCCAAGUCUGAUUUAAAUGACAGAAACAUGGUGACCUUUUUUUCUAACUUGAUAUGAUCAAAAUUCAUCACAGUUCUGUUUCGAUACCGCUAUAAGAUACAGUAUUACAUAGGUACAAACUACAGAGACAGGCUGCUGUCAUUAGCAGCUACAUCAAGAAGUUUGUUGUCGUGGAGAUGGGCUGAAGGGGCGUUUUAUGUAAGUUGUUUUUCAACUGGCAGUGAGCUCAUCACCAGCCUCCAUGCUCCAUUAUGUUAGGGUGUGUGUGUGUGUGUGUGUGUGUGUGUGUGUGUGUGUGUGUGUGUGUGUGUGUAUGUAAUCUCAUCAUGUGGGAAACUAAAACUUGAGUUUGUCAGGCGUCAUGCUGUGAACAUGUCAUGUUUGCACAUCUUUGUGUGUUAUGAAAUAAAACAUCGUAUGUGAGCUGGUUUGUUUGUCCAGGCAGAUUCUCAGCUGGAAGAAACGUGUGUGUGUGUGUGUGUGUGUGUGCUUGUGUGUGUGUUGAUUUAUACUCUUAUUGAACACUUGUCCUCUGGAAAAAAUGCGUAUGUGCACUGAUGUGCAAGUGUGUGUGUGUGUGUGUGUGUGUGUGUGUGUGUGUGUGUGUGUGUCAGAGUUUGUGUCCUUUCUUGUGUUUCAUAAGCCGUCCAUAUUUAUGAUCCAGCUCUUACGUAAGCCUCAGAUCUGGUUCAGUGUGUCUCUGCCAGAACAACUGAGAGAGGAGGAGGAGAGAAGAAGGAGAGGAAGAAAAAAGGUGAAAGUGAAAUGUAAGCAGAUUGAGGGGAGAUGAAACAGAGAGAACAUACAAACAGAGACGAGUUGAAGAAAAUAUUAGAGAAUAGAAAAGUGCAAACAGCUGAGAUGAUGAUACCUCAUUGUAAAGUUUUAUGGUUGUAUUUUGAAGUGUUCCUCGACUCCCAACAAAAUUAAUCUUCCUCUUGUUGUUAUGCAAGUGUUGCUAUGUUAAAACUUGAAUCCUGAAAGUCUCUGGCUAAUAACAGCAGCUCAAAUGAGUCCUGUUUAGAUAAAGUUUCAUGCAAAAGGAAGAGGAAAAAGCAGUGGUGGCUGCUGCAGUUAAAAAAAACAAGUUCUCGCGGGUGCAAAGGUUGCAUCAGAAAUGGGAAGAUGGUGAUUUUUAAUAGUUUUUUCAUCUAUUAAAUAUUUUAUCCCACAAAAAUUGCUGAUCCUCAGCUUGACCAGUAAAUGGUGUGAGUGGCUCUCUGACCAAAUUUAAGAAAGAUGGUGGUUUCACCCAUUAGUCAUGCACUGCAAAGAAGUUUUCUUAAAGUUAAAACGGGUUUAAAUUGAAAUAUUUGGUGGAGUUGCGUCCUCAGGCACUCUGCCAAGUUCUUGUUCCUGGUGUCUUCGCAGAGGAGUGUCUCAUCCACACCUCUGGCAAACCCUUUUGAACAUGGCCUGAUAUCUCCCAACACAGAACUGAGCGGUGAACAUGACAUAAUGGAAAAGUAAUAUGUUCAUGACGAUACAGGGAAAAUGAGGUUAGGGAGGAUCUGCAUGUUUGGCUUGGGAUUGUGCACCUCAGGUAAUGAUUCAUUUAUUUGAUUUAUGUCUUCCUAUUUACAGACAGUUAAAUAAUGAGGUUGAGGACUUGGCAUGUACUCAGUGCUUAGAGCUUUUAUAGAUGGUAAGGUGACACACUGUUUUUCGAAUGACACUGGACGUGAUAGUUGGGAUUUAGUGGUGAGUUGAAUUAAUGCUCAUGUCUUGGCCUUUUAAAUUCAUAUGUACAUUUUUACUGUUUGUUUGUAUGAAGCACUCAAAAAACAUCAAACUCCUGAACCAAAUUUGAUGAUCUCGAACAUCUGAUAUACUGAUUGAUAACACCAAAUGUUUGUUUCACUGCCUUGUUUUCAUCAGCAUUGGCUCGCUCUCUGUACUCUCUUUCUGUGUGACUCUACUGCUGCUGCUGCUCUCUCUCUCCCUCCGUUGUGUGCAGCAGCUUUCAGUUGAUUGUACUUUUCAGUACUAUUGUACAUGAAGUGUAAUGCAGAUCGAAGCUUUUGUAUUGAAAAGGCAUCUGAGUGUUGAAAAUGAUGGUGACGUCACAGCUUUACAUGGAUGACACAGGGUUUUAUAAAGACCAGGCGGCUGGAGGAAGUUCAUGAGGCCACAUUUUGGUCCCGUGUUUCAGCAGCCUCAUCUGUUGGCAGGGCUUUAUUCAUCUAUGAAAGUAGAAUAAAACUGAUAUUUUCCUGAGCACUGAGUAAAUUUAGUUUGUUUCUUAUUCAAAGUCCUGACACACAAUCUCUUUCUGUAUUUGUCACACAGACCAGUCCCACAGCGCCCCCUUCAGCUCAGAGAAUGAGGCUCAGGGAGGCGACUCUGCUGCAUGGCAGUGCACCCCUCCCCCAUCUACCUCACCUUUGGGGGAGACGCCAGCACACCCUCCUCCCUCCCAGGCUGCGUCCAGACCCCGGUCCAGGCCGGCUAGCCAAAGCCCCUCCCCUCCCUCUACUCUCACAGGAACCAAGAAGAGGAGCUCUAAACCAGCACACAUGAGGCGUAACAUCAGGUAGAUACACCCCGCUGAAGAGAUCUGUGCUGGUCGGUGUCACAUUUUGAUGCAGUUACACAAAUGUAGAUGAACAAAAUGAUCUAGGGUGAACUGAAAAUGAAAGCUGCUAAAAUGCAAAAGUUUCCUCCAUCAAUUAGUCAUUCAAAUGGAUGUAAGAAAGUGAUUAAAUCCUAGGCAGAUAGAAACCAGUCAGCUGUAAGAUAAAAAGGAUGGCCCACAAUCCCCUGAUUAUGUUUGUAAGUAAACCAUCACUCACUUUCUUUCAGCACUAUUUCUGAUAAUGAUCAUUGUUGGCUGGGUAUCUGGAUUUAUCACCUCCCUGCUGCCUCUCUGAUGUGACUCUCAUUUUGGAGAAUUAAAGAGCAGACCAGUUACUAAAAUCUGCCAAUGAUUAAACUUCAGCAUUUUCUGCGCGCAGCUGCAUUCCCCUGGCUGCCAAUAACCACAAAGAGCUCGACCUCAAAUAUGCUGCUGAUGCUUUUACAUAAAAGCAUCUUUUAAAGUUACAUAAAUCUGUGUCACAGAUGCAAAGCCAGACUUGGAAGUGUUUGUAGUUAUAAACAUGGAGUUUGGUUGUUUAAAGGAUUUUUUUAUAAUAUGACCAGUUACCAGUACUUUUGAACUAUAUAUAUUUGAUAUUGAUACUCCUACAACUGCGACUACUCAUUACUUUGAACCUGUACUAUGCUACUAUCACUGCUAUUACCAUUACUAGUAACACUUGUACUAUUAUUAGUAUAACCGAGUCUGAUACUUACUAAUACAAUUACCAAAGGCUGAUACUUGCGUAUUGGUAAUGACUAUUACAGUUGUCAUUAUUAUUAAAAUUAUUAUCAUAAUACUCAACCCAACUUGUUUCCGCAUGCCAAAGUCAUAAACGCACAUGAACAGUAUGCAUAAAAGCUAAGGAUCUGGGAUUUUAGGGAUAGUCUUGCUUGCUUUGAAUAUCGUUUAACAAAAGCCAGACAUUAUGUUCUUAAGGCUUCACGUCGUUUCCUACAUAUUAAUUUUGGUGUAAAACUAAACUGAUUGAUUUUAGGACUAUUUAGAAGCAGGAGAGCCUAAAACAUACAGGGUCCGUAUUGAGCGCAUUCUGUCAGUGUCGCAUGUCACGCAGCAAAUAGGUUUCCAUUCUAAUCAAUGCAGCAUCGCACAUAGGAUGCGUAUCAGCUCUAUCACAGCUCCGGCUCAGAAGCAUAUCGAGCACAGCACUGCUAAUGAUAGGUGCAGUGUCUAUUUUUGCUGCUCUACGCUUCCAACACACAUCCAUCUAAAUAGAGAGGAUCGUUCUAGACUGGAUGUCAAGCACGAAAAAUGCAUGUCAUCUGGUAAAUUUCAAAACAAAACACCAUAUGCUGACUCCCGUCUGUAUAUCAGUUUGUGUAGAUGAGAAAUACUUCCUGGUUAUGGAUUUAUCAGUAACACAGAACAAUCUGAUGGUCAAUCCCUGAUCCAUGUGGACCCCAACAGGACUUUGAACAGCUAACUCUGUCUGAGGGUAACAGCACAGCAGAAAGGAACAUAGUUUACUUUAUUAAACACAAGAAAACAUGCAAAAACCAAAACUGUAAUAUCCUGAUGCUUUUUCCUAUAUAAUAGAGGCUCAACGGUCACUGAAUUGUAUCCAAAUUAGCAGGAAAUCGACCACAAAAAAGCCACACAACCUGUUGUGAGCAUGUUGUUUUCUCUACGCUGCUGCUACACUCCAAAUACGGAGCAGACGUGAUGGCAGACAGAAUGCAUGCAACAUGGAUCCUGUAUGUUUUUAGCUUUAUCUACUCUUAUAUUUAACACUUAUUAAUAUCAGUAUUCAAUUGUAGCAGGAUUUUUUGUCCACUUUUUAUCCAGCUAAAUGACAAGCCACGUUCUCUGCGUUAGCUGCUAACUCGAUAUGUCUAUCAGGUACUUGAUAGCUGGUUCAUCAGUUCUUCUGAGGUUAAACCUGUUAACAAACUGAUGAAUAGGCGCAGCCUGAUUGUACAAUUUAACCAGAGGCAUUAGACGAUAAUUCCUUGUGGUUUCAGAGCUUAGUUAUUCACUCCUUUCAUAAAAUGAAAUUGGUUCAAUUGAUUAAAUGCUUGUGCGAAAUGACAGCAAAUGCUUUUGGUCUCUCAUAAUAAAAUUGUUUGCUGCAUCUGUUUUAGCUCAUAAAAAGCCACACCUUUAGAUAUAUGGCACAUUUUGUAUUUUCUCUGUGUAGGAAAUUACUGAGAGAGCAUCAGUUGGAGGCAGUGACCAAAGCCGCCCAGCAGGAUGAGUUGGAGAGGAGGAGACGGCUGGAGCAGCAGCAGAAACAGGAUUUCCCCGUACCACUGCUGCCUGAAUACACAUCUGGUGAGCACGAUGAACCUCUCGAAAGAUGUGAAAUCCCUGAGAAAAGCUUCAACAAAGUUGUUUUGUUAAACUACCUGCAUACUUUGUGCCUCCCUCCCCCCUCUGUCUCUCAUAUUUUUCCCCUUUUUUCUUUUCUUUUUGGCUUUAAAUCUUUUAUUACUGUCCUCUCUCUCUCUCUCUCUCAAGAUGAAGUGACAAAGCACGUGUCUUCGGCAUCAGCAACAUCACAACAAGUGAAGUCAUCCCAACAUAAGGUUAUCAGUCUUGACUCCAGCAGCACCGUCAGCAUUGAGGAUGACACCAAAACCAACACACCCACAUCAGCUCCCACUGAGCACACACUCAAAACAGGUGAGACAUAACCUUGCACACAAAGUCCUUUUGAUGUUACCCAUAUUACCCUGUGUUGCACUUUUAUGGAAAGGGAAAAAUAUGAAUAAGACAUAAAGAAAAACAGAGUGAUAGGGGAUCAAACUUGACUCUGACCCUCCUGCCAUAAACUUCACAGUUUCACUUAUGUAUUUCUUUUGUUGUGUAAGCCAUGAGCUGCUUUACUUUUUUAAGGGUGGAAACAGGCAAACAGCAUUUUCAUUAUAAAGUUGAAUGAAUGAAGUCAAUGAAAGCAGAAGUGUACUGAAAGGAAAAAAAGCCAUUUAAAGUCUCUCCAGGGUAGUACAUAAAAAAAAAGAGGGCAGAGGCUGACAGAGGGAUUAUUUGAACUGACUCCUGAUUCUGGCAUGAUUUGGUGCGGGUAAUUCUCCCCACAGUUCUUGCCUCUCUGAGGCUGUUGUGUCGAAUUCAGGCAAAAAAACCUGAUAAAUCAACUUGAAAAAAACGAAAACACCCAAGUCAAGCCUGUAAAAGCAUACUGAUCAUUUGAAGGCUCUGCUUUAGAGACGUGUUCUACUGAAUCAAAGCAUCCCAAAUCUGCAUCUAAUUUUAAGAGCCAAAACAAAACGUAGCUAUGCCCAUUUUUUGUGAACCAGAGUAUAUUUACAUAAGUUCCACUGCCUUUAUUCUGCCACACACAUUUAAUAUCCACAGCCCCUGUUGACCUUUGACCUCUGAUUGUGUAAGUGGGCUAGUAGGUCAGAAGGCAGGGGGAGGUCAUGAAAGCAGAUAGGGAAGAGGAGCUGCAAAGUUUAUUUGUGACUCAUCAUUUAGCUGUUCAUUCUGAGCUGUUAGUAUUCCAAAGUAAGCCUCAAAUAAACCAUCAGCUAAUUCUUCAAAUGCAUAAACAGAGCAGGCUGAGCUUUAGUACAAUGUGUGAGGAGUUCUCUUUCACAUAUUGAGUACUUAGAGAUAACUACACACAAACAGAUCCACAUCUUUUUUAACCCUUUUUCCAAUCUCUUUUUUUCUUGAUGCUCAAUAAAAGUUCAUAGAUCACUACAGUUUUUAAGAAACUUUUUUUUUUUUUGCUUUUAGGUUAUGGCACCUGUCAAAAAUGUCACAGUAGUUUUCCUGUUUCAUGGAUUUGUGAAAAUGAGAGCUUGACUGUGGAGUUGUCAGUCACUUACUUACAGCUUGAUUGUUUCAGCGUAAUUCUUGAUUUUUCAUUGAAUAUAUUACAUUGGUGGAUUAAGGAUAAAACUGUCAUGUUAAACUGCCCAAACAUUUAUUUAGCAUUGUGUUAGUUUAGACAGGUCAUAAAGUCAGGCUCCACCCACAAUACAUCAGCUGGUUGUAACCACAGCCAGUACCAGCUGGCAGCUCAGCCAAUUACCUUCUACACAAAUAUCAGGUGUGUGUUCAUUUGGAACUGCUCCAGUCUGCCCUCUUUUGCUGCUUCCUCCUCAAACUGCUUUGCAGCCCACCUCCACCCCAGCCUCAGUUGGAUUUUACAACUAUCAUUUGCAGUGUCACUGGCGCCUGCUCUCACUUUUUUGGGGGGGUCUUAGCUAUUGCUCUUACUGCCGUGGCUUUUUGUGAACACAAGUGAUAUGGGGAGGGGGUUUGGACAUGCCCUGUUGCAGACUUUGGCAUUCCACCUGGAAAGGCAGGGAGCUCUCAGAACAGAGCCAUACUGCCAAAUAUGCAACAGUGGUUUGGAAAGAGUUGAAUCAGUACCUUAUUCCAGUUGUUCAGGGUGUUAAAAACUGAACUGAAUUGAUGCAACAUUCAAACUUUCUGUAACAAACUCCAGAAGUUCAGCCAUUCCUGAAAAAGGUACUGGCACAGCUUUCCAUCUGUUUUAACAAUUACUUAACAAAAGAAAACAAUUCAACCACUGACUGAAACAAGUCUGUGACUUUAAUGAUAGUUAUCUCAGCAAAGCAGCUCUAAAAACCCCAUGACAGCCAUAAGUUUAUUGAAUUACACACUCUUCUUCAAAUUGCUGUCUGACCCUAGGGGUCUGGAAAUUUGGCACACGAAAAGGCCUGAUCAGCCCAAAUCUCCACGAAAACUACAGAGGACUGAGUUACAAAUUUAAUUGUUUUUGUUUGUUUGUUUGUUUGUUCUUACUGGAGAAUCAAUGACACAGCAGAUGUCCAGGCAUUGAUUUACCUGAAAUUUUCUACGAAAUCUGAGAUCAUUUGUGGGCAUGAGUGUGAUCAAUGGUGUUUUUCUGAAGCAAGAAAACAAUAGAUACUUAAAUGCUAAAGUAGACUGUUUUCAGCAAGUAUAACCCACUUUCAAACACAAACUCUGCGAUCAGGAAAAGUUCAAUGAUUUAAGUUUUUCCUUGAAGGUUGAACAAAUUAAACAGCCUUUUUCAAAUGUUUUAAACCCAAUUACUGUAUUUGAACCAAGGUCAACAAAGGUCCCUAUUUCCUGUUAGGUUAGGAGCCUCUGUGAGUGUGUAUGUACGUGUCUGUGUGUGUGUGUUCGUGUCUGUGUAGCGCUGCUAAAAAAAAACUAAAGAGAGUUUUCGUAGAUUAGCUGCCAUGUGCAUUAGAAUAUUUAAAACCUCCACCAGUACAUUGUGUACUGUUCCCUUAUUGCCCAAGCGCACGGACACACUUUCACGCAGCCUUUCAAACAGGAUAAACACACCUGCAACACAAACACACAGGCAAACAUACGUUUGUGUUUGUGUGUGCGACAGAUAGAGAGAGAGAGAGAGAGACAGAGAGAGGAAGAGAGACAGUGACGGGGCCAAAUAAACUAAGACAGUAUGUGGAGUUGGAAGCUUGGAAAGGCAAAAAGUGAGAGAGAGAGGAAAAAAACGAUCAAAGGGUGGAGAAAGGAAGAGAGAUAAAAGAGAGAGAGUGUGUGUGUGUGUGUGAGGGGGGCAGAUCAGAGCGUGCCUGUGGAGCAAAAAAGCUGGCUAAUCCUGGUUAUGAGCCAGAACACACACAUAUAUUAACACACACACACACAUACACAUAUAUAUAUAACGAACACACACUCACGGUGGCACAGUGACAUUUCUAGUUGGGGUUGCAUAACCAGUCUCCCCCUCCACUCUAAUCCUACUUGUAUAACCAGCCAUUCACUGCUGUUAUAUAAGCUCUCUUGCUCUUUCUCUCUCUCUCUCUCUCCACAUACACACACUAACAUACUGACACACACUCACACACCUCUCCUUCUCCCGUCAUGCCCUCGCAGACUGCCAGCUUGUGUAACUUUCACCACUUGAUACUGUUGACGUUGAAGUCCUUUUUAUCAGAUAUGGAUUUCAGUCUUUCCACUCCACACACGCACGCAUGCACGCACGCACACACGCACACACACGCAUGCACACACACACUGGAUGACGUCCAUAUUUGAUGUAACAACACAAGUCAAGUAAAUGAUGGAGUCGUUCUUUGUCGCUUCACUUGAGACAAAUGUAUCAAGGCCAAUGAGAAUCAAGUGGUAACUGUCGUCAUGGGAGUAGCUGCAGCUGUAGUCCCGAAUCCUUCUGGUCCAGUUUUCUAUCAGCCUUAGAGAAGCUUGAGAGUCUGUUAUUGAAGGUGCUUAACAAACUUUUGAAAACUUGAGAAAUAGUCUGAAAUUCUUUUCAUCCAAAGAAAAAAAUUCUGAAUAGUCUAUAAAGCCUCUGAAAAGUCAUAUUUUACCACUUGAGUAUUUCUUUGCAUUUUAAUGUAAAAAAGUAUAAAAAAGUAAAAGUUGAUGAAUUAUGGUUGUACCAUUGUUCGUCUAUCUGGAGAAGAAGCUUGUGAUGUUUUGUUUCAUUGAAGCGAAGUUUAAAGAUGCUCAAGUAUUUCAGUGUUAGAUGACAAGAGUUUAAAAAAAUGGUGCUACAAAAAAUAGUUUACUAAGUUCACAGAAGACACACUUUAAUACUUGAAUCUUGGAAACCUAAAAUCCACGUUUCCUCACUUAUCUCCUCCAUCCACACAGAUGUGAUCGAUCUUAGCUCAGGCGAGGACGAAGCUGUCAUCCACAUUAGCAGUGAGUCCGCCAACGAGGAAGAGAGUGAGCCAAGUGGAGCUCAUACAAACGACACCCUGAACUGCCCAGACAGUGAGGGCAGAGUGCUGGUCAACGUGAACCACCAAGACACAGAGGAGGAUAUCUUCCUUUUGCCUCAGCUGGCACGAGCAGUCAAAUCUCACCAGGUAAUUGUUUGACCUUUUCCUUUAGUUUGAACAAAAUCUCCCCUCUGCUGUUUCACUGCUGUUCUCUCAGUUUAAUUACACGCCUACAUCCUUUUGUCCUCACUACCUUGCUUUCUUGUCUUGUGGCUCCAGUUUUGUCUUAAUCACUUUGCCCUCGCUGUCUUUUUCUUUUUCAUUGCAACAGAUUGGUGGGAUUCGCUUCCUCUAUGAUAACCUGGUGGAAUCGGUGGAGCGGUUCAGCAGCAGCAGCGGGUUCGGCUGCAUCCUCGCUCACAGCAUGGGCCUAGGGAAAACACUUCAGGUCAUCUCUUUCAUUGAUGUCCUGUUCAGACACACCAAGGCUCACACUGUGCUCGCCAUCGUACCUGUAAGUAACCAAUGGUUCACCUUAAGAAAAAAACUGACGGAAAAGAUUACACCAAAGUUUUGUUCAGUGAUUUUUACCUUUCAGCAUCAAUAUAUCAAAGUCAUAAGUACAUUGUUAGUGUUUCUUCUAAAUCCUACUUGUGUAAUAUGAGCAAACGGAGAUGGAGCUUAAACAUAAUCAGUAAUAAUCAUAAUCAUUAAUCUGUGUGUACCUCUAAAUGAAACCAGAACUCAGUGAAUACUGAGAACGAUGGUUCACUGUCUUACUGUUAAUCUCCUCCCAGGUCAACACUUUGCAGAACUGGCUGUCCGAGUUUAACACCUGGGUCCCACCCCCUGAGGUGAUACCUCCAGACACUGACCCCAAACUGGUGACACCACGAGCCUUUAAGGUUCACAUCCUCAAUGAUGAACACAAGUGAGUACCAGGAGCAGGAGCACUCAUCAUUUUCAUCUCUCUUUAGCCCGAGUGCUUCAAUGUGUGGGACUAUGUAACACAACAGAGGAAAAUGUUCAUGUCACAGCAUCCCUCUUGACUUCUUUAAACAUGCAUGGUUUUGACAUGGAUACACAUUUAGAGUGGCUUCAUUUGUAAAUUUCAAAUGCUAUCUCCAAAGUUUGGGUGCUGCUCUGUGAUCACACACAAGUGAGGAAACUUUCCUUCUGUCUGUUUAAUGAACUGACAGAGCUGACCUUCUCAUGUGCUGCUGCACUGAAUCCCCAUCUAGCUCCUCCCCUCUCCCAUCCCUCCAUCAUCCCCGUCUUCAACAGCUGCUCCUGCUGGAAAGAAUCUCAGACUCUUGCAUGCACAACCUUUUGUGUGUGUGUGUGUGUGUGUGUGUGUGUGUGUGUGUGUGUGUGUGUGUGUGUGUGUGUGUGUGUGUGUGUGUGUGUGUGUGUGUGUUCGAGAUUAAGGAGCAAGGAAGGAAUGCUGCAUGAUGAGUGUGCAGCUCCAUAGACCAACUGUGUCUGAAAGUGACACACUAACCUCAUUACGCUUUCCACUCCAGUACAUAAUACUCUUGUACUUAAUAAUUUUGUAAAUGAACCAAAUUGAAAUGCCUUAUUUUAAUGAACAAGUCAUCUUACAUAGUAAGGGAUUUAUUUAUUAACAGGGUUGGAUUUAAAUUCUAUUAAUUUGAAUUUUCUUUGUGAAAUGCAAUACAAUCUGCAGAGCUAUUACAACAUAGUUUCUGUUUUCUCAGUCUUUCCUGAAGAUGCAUUACAUUACAUUUGUAUGAAACUCCUAUAUUGAUUGAGAAGGAGGGAGGAGAGCAUUUCAGUGCUACUCUGCAAUGCCUUAAGUGCAUGUUACUGUAUUGGAGUCAUGGGUGGAUCAUUUGAUUUCAGCGGUUAUAAGUGAAGCAAACCAAAAGUGAAAAAAAAUAGAGUUUAAAUUCCCUAGAAUAAGAAAAUCUGUUUAAUCAACCACUGACUGUUUCCCUCGUCUUCAGGAAUACCACAGCAAGAGCUAAGGUGGUGGAGGACUGGGCUCGGGAUGGAGGGGUGCUGCUGAUGGGCUAUGAGAUGUACCGCCUCCUGUCCAUGAAGAAGAGCUUUGUGGCUGGGAGGAAGAGAAAAAGCAAGAAAGCAACAGGACCGGUUGUUAUUGACCUGGAUGAGGAGGACCGGCAGCAGGAGUUACUCAAAGGUGGGCGAACCGGUCGGGUGUGUGGGGGAGCCAGGGUCAAGAAAGGGUCAUAUGUUCAAACAAAAAAAAAAGAGAUUCCUCUCAAAGCAUCUCUGUCAAGUAAAAGCUGAUGUUUGUUUUUCUGGACUUCUCCAUCAGGUAUUGAAAGAGCUUUGGCCCGGCCUGGUCCAGAUGUGGUGAUCUGUGAUGAGGGCCACCGCAUCAAGAACUGCCAUGCCAGCACAUCGCAGGCCCUGAAGAACAUCAGGACUCGACGCAGAGUUGUCCUGACAGGCUACCCACUUCAAAACAAUCUGAUCGAGUACUGGUGUAUGGUGGACUUUGUCCGACCCGACUUUCUAGGUAAGAGGAAGUUGUUUUUUUUAAGAGAAGUCUUUUUGAUCAGUCAGUGAGCUUAAGCCUAAAGAUGUUGGCAUGUCCUCUUUAAAUGAAAAAAGAAAAAAACUUCAUGUGUUUGUUCUCUUGCUCUAGCUUCAUUUUGACAUCCUUUGUGUGUUUCAGGUACACGGCAGGAGUUCAGUAACAUGUUUGAGCGCCCCAUUCUUAACGGGCAGUGUGUGGACAGCACGACCCAGGACAUCCAGCUGAUGAGGUACAGGAGCCACGUCCUGCACAGCCUGCUGGAGGGCUUUGUACAGAGGUGAGGCAGCCACCUUUUGAACCCCUCUCAAACAAAACCUGACCUCCAUUAAAAAUGUCACAGAAAAUACACGGUCUCUGAAGACCUCACAGUUUUCCUCUGUUUCGAUAACACUUGCACAGAAUAACAAUUGCGAAUCAUGUUUCUUCCAGACGGGGUCAUGAUGUUCUAAGGGACCAGCUGCCCUCCAAAGAGGAACAUGUGAUCCUGGUGCGUCUGUCUCCCCUGCAGAGGGCACUCUACACUGAGUUUAUGAACCGCUUCAGAGAGGCAGGAAACACCGGCUGGCUCAGUCUCAACCCACUGAAAGCUUUCUGUGUCUGCUGCAAGGUGAGGAAAAGGUUCUUUGGUUCUUUUAAAGACAUUAACCUAUAAUGGGUCUAAAGAAGCUGUGCAAUAAUGACCGUUUCUUGAUAAGUUCUUUUCUGUUAGAACAUCUACUACUUGUCAUUGCAAUCUAAUCUACCAGUAAAGGAUAGAUAUCAAAUAACUUCUGAAAAUGUCUAGAUCAGUUUGAACUCAAGCAGUCCUUGUAGCAAUUUGCUCAAGCUACAAACUUUUUCUGCCCCAACACAAACUCCCACAUACUUAUUUUACCUGGAAAGUUGAGGGGGGGUUCUUACUUCAAAGGGUUUUUCACUCUGCUGAUCUCCUGUUAUUCUUCAGAUUUGGAACCAUCCGGACGUGCUAUACGAGGCCUUACAAAAGGAAAACCUGGCAAGUGAUCAGGACUUAGACCUCGAUGACAUCACUUCUGCAGGUGCUGCCCGAUGUCCAACUGCACCCAAUCAAAAGUCAAAGCCAAUUGAGAAUCCAAACCCCAUUGGUGGACUGAGUCUCAACCAGCUGCAGGAGAAAGCCAAUCAGGUCAUCACUUAUGAAUGGGUAAGUGAUGCCAACAGAAACAGAUAAUGGCUUUUCUACAUUUAAAUCUGGUGUCAGUUCAGAGCCGCACACACUUUAUAAAAGGGGAUGCACAAACAGAAUAUCACACUUCCAUUAAUCAUCAGUACCAGAGUCUUAGAGAUGCACUUAGAGUGUGAAGUUAAACUUUUAGAUAGAAUUCACAGCUCUGGUGAUGACUUUUUUUUGGCUUUUUUUUUGGCUUGUCUGUGAUGCUGCUGUGACAAAAAAAUUUCCCCCAUGGGGGAUCAAUAAAGGAAUAUUCUAUUCUAUUCUAUUCUUCUCCUUUCUCAGAGGUGAAUGUCACUUCUUUUAGGUAGAGUGAAUGUAAAGGUGGCAGAAGUGAAGGUUAAUCCAAGUGUCUCUUCUCACAUCACCAGGCAAAGGAUAUCAUGUGUGACUACAAGCCUGGUAUCUUAGAGAACUCUGCAAAAAUGGUGCUCCUGUUUCACCUGAUAGAGGAGAGCGUCAGGAAAGGAGACAAACUCCUUGUCUUCAGGUAGAUGUGACAUGUUUUUCUCAGUCAUGUCAGUAAGCCCGAUAAAGCCAUUAUAUGCCGUAUUCACAUUGCUUAAGCUUUCUAACAUAUGUUUUAAUCUUCCUCCUGUAGUCAAAGUUUGUCCACACUGACGGUGAUCGAGGAAUUUUUGGCCAAGAGACCGGUGCCUCCUUCACCCAAUGCGCCCAGUAAGGACAAACCCAACCAGAACUGGGUCCGCAACCUAAACUAUUACAGUAAGUACCUUUUGAUGAGACUCGUUUUCUUGCAAAAUCUAUGAAUCAGCAAAUCAUCCAUCUAAAACAUCCAGAAACCUACUAUCAGGGCCAUGGAGGACAACAAGCAGACAUUGUAGCAGAUAGACAGGCUUGAAAGGUGCAGCUAAGCACAGUGGUGAAAAGAAAAGACUAAAGACUGGGCGGUAUGAAGAGCACCCUCUCUUUCUGUUCUUGUUAAAUACUAUGGUUGUAUUCACAUUGCUGUGGUAGUCCACUAGAACCCCUCCUCCCAUUCGCCUGCAAUGAGUGCUGCCAUCUGCUGGUGAAAUUGUGAAACCAUCCAGACUUGAAGAACUAGUUUUCCACAGCCAUAGAAAGAAACUCCCAGCAUUGAUCAAGUUUGCGUUUGUGGUAAUGAGUCAUUUUUAAACAUGUUUCUCUAGGUUUGGUUAACCAUCUCUGUGGGACAACUUUUUCAAGGUGGCUUACUUUGUCUACAAUGAAAACCAUGUCCACCAUUAUGCAGUUUUACAAUUUGGUAAACUUCUUUCAAACCUGUGGUUUCUGUAAACAUUUGUGUUGUUUUGUUUUAGCCACUGAUAAGAGCUGAAAGGUUAUCAACACCACAGGGACGAGGUGUCACAUGUGAAGUCAUGAGUCAUGACUGUUCCCAGAUUACACACAGUUCAAAGAUACCAAUAACUGAUAAACUGAUUAUAACUGAAAAUUACAGAGCGACAAACUGAAAGAAAAGGUUGGUUAGUAAGACUUUUCCUUCUGCUGUUGAAAGCCUUGAUUUAACCCAUAAUGGCUGUUUUACCUUUCAGGACUAGAUGGCAGUACAACAGCUUCAGAAAGAGAGAGACUGAUAAACCAGUUCAAUGACCCAUCCAACAGCUCAGCAUGGGUUUUCCUGCUGUCAACAAGGUAACACAAAAAAUAAAACAACAAGUCAGUGGAGAGAAAUAAUCAAGACUGAAAUGAACAACUACAUCAUGACCCUGAUUGCUCAUUUCUCUGGACUUCAGAGCGGGCUGUCUUGGUGUAAACCUGAUUGGUGCAAACCGUGUGGUGGUGUUUGAUGCCUCUUGGAACCCGUGCCAUGAUGCCCAGGCUGUGUGCCGCGUCUACCGCUAUGGUCAGAGGAAGCCCUGUCAUAUCUACAGACUGGUGUGUGACUUCACACUGGAGAAGAAAAUCUAUGAUCGCCAGAUUUCCAAGCAGGGCAUGUCAGGUGAGCUGGAAAAUGCAGUACUGAGCGUUAAUUUCCCUUCAUGACUACACAAAUAAAACACAUGCAGUUUAUGUUUUCUCUAAAACAGAAACAAAGAAGAAAAGUAACACAUCAGUCCAGACUCCUUUGUCUGAACACUCAGCAGACAGCCCCCUCAAAACUAAUGUAACAGCAAAGUUUAACCCAGCAACCCGAGCUCCUCUGCAAAGAGCUUUUGUCUGACAAACAAAAGUGUCUCAAGUGUUUUUUAUAAUCUGAGACUGAGGAGACAGAGAUACUGAAGGCACUUAUACCUGAAAGAGCUUGAGAAAAGAAGACUCUUUUUCCAUGUAACUCAUCUCAACCCUUAUUUCUGUCUCCUUCUCUAGAUCGUGUGGUGGAUGACCUGAACCCUGUGCUAACUUUCACCAGGAGAGAAGUGGAAUCUCUUCUUCACUUUGUAGAAGAGGAGCCGGACCCUGCUCAGGUCCAGCUGAAGCCUCAAGACAACAUGGAGGGCGUCCUCAGGAAGGCACUGCACAGUUUUCCUCACCUGAUAACCAAGGUAGAUAAACCCCCCCGGUGUUAAAGAGCAGCACAUGUAGAUGAUUCUGCAGGAUGUACUGUCUAACAGCCUGUUCGUUUGGAUCUUUUGAGGGUUUUCUGUUUUCUGUUAAGUGCUUGUAUUUAAAGUGAUUGACAGCUCUCUUCUAAUGAAUAUCUUACAAGCUCGGGCUGUUUGAAUGAAAUAGUCAAACGCUGUUGUGAUUACCUUCUAAAUCUACUUGUAGAAUUAAUGUGAGGUGAAAGCUGUGACAAGCAGCUGGAAUUACUCUCUACUUUGACUGUAUCCACUAUUUUAGAGAGCUCAUGCAGGUAGUCAGGGUUAGAUGUGGUGAGUCACCUCAUCAUUAAACCUGCAGGAUUCUCAGUGGAUGCGUUUCAACCUACACCCUCAAACCAAAAGCUCAAGUUACAUGGUUUAAGCCUAGGACAGAAACGAGCUUGGAUAUCUGGUACAUUGCUGCGUUUUCCGGGUUUUUAAUCAACCUUUUCCUCCUUCCAGCAACCAUUCCCUCACGAGUCCCUGCUGAUGGACCGCAGAGAGAUGAAGCUGAGCACUGCUGAGAAGAAAGCAGCAAAGAAAGGGUAUGAACUAGAGAAGAGGGCUUCUGUGCCAUACACUCGUCCUUCUUACGCUCACUACUAUCCUGCAAGCGACCAGAGCCUCACCAACAUCCCUGCCUUCAGUCAGAGGAACUGGUCAGUCCCUUUUACAUAAUCUUAGAAGACUUCAUACAGAACUGAUCAGCUGUCUCACACCCAACCCUGGUUUGUUAUUAACUAUAAAGAAAAUAAACUCUCCACUCAGGCGCCCACCUACUCGACCUGAAGAGAAGUCAGUAGCCAGUGUUAGGCCAGUCCAGUCAACUCCAGUUCCCAUGAUGGCCCGACAGGCAACUACAGGCUCGGCACCAGGGGGGGAUGCACCAGGAUCCAACCUGGGAGGUUUUCCCCUCAACUGUCUGCAAAAAGCUGGAGUGUUUGUGCAGAAGAUUGUCACCACUACUGGUAGGCAAACUGCACAUGGACCAAACUUUUGUCGACCUGUUUGAUUCUGUAGAUCCCCAUCAACACACCUGUUAAAAAUUCUCCUGAAUUACAAACAAUAAAAGUCCAAAAAGUCCUCAUGAUAUUUGCAAGGAAAAAAAAUGUUUCUAUCUUCUCAUGAUCUGUCCUCUCUCUUUUAGACAUAGUGAUUCCAGGGACAAACAGCUCAACAGAUGUCCAGGCCAGAAUCUCUGCUGGAGAGAGCAUCCACAUCAUCAGAGGCACUAAAGGUACAUUAGCAUGACCUGAUUAUUUAACUGUUGCUGCAUGACAAUAUUUGUUGGUUUGUUGUCGGCUGCUGAUAAAUAACUGUCCUACUUUAUCUUUCUUUUUCAGGGACUUACAUCCGGACAUCAGAUGGCCGAAUCUUUGCCAUCAGAGCUGCUAACAGGCCCAAGACUACAGAGGAUGGUACUUCUGCAGCGACCAAAGGUAGGAUCAUUCACAGCCAGAACUCUACUAAAAACACACACACCGGUGUUUUUGCAUGCAGACAUGUCUCAGAUGGGACAUUAGGUGAACAAAUUAGAAUUGUCAUGUAGAUAUUAUUUACUGAGUUAGUCCUAUGAUAUUUUUUUUCCAAUGUGACACAUAAAUUCAGAGUACAAAUGACUGAUGAGAAUACUAAAGGUGUGGAAAGUCUCAAAAUGUUGAGGUAAAUGUGUUUGAGUAAUCCCAGGAAAGGACUGUGGGCUGCUAUGAACAUGACAGCUACACAAAAUCCAUCCAAAAAACACUUACCUUUUCUUUUGUUGCUGGUUUUUUUUGGUUCCUUUCCAGGCUUUCCAGACCAAAACAUUUGACCUAUAAUUUGUCAUUUUAAAGAGAGAGAAUUGUGGUUUACUAAGUGACAACAACUUUAUAGCAUUGCAACAGUGUAGGAGGGCUCUGAAGUGCCAGUGGCUGGAAUGAAGCGUUCUAGAGAGAGGCUGAAAUGAGGGUUAUAAAAUCUGAGAUCAUAACAAAAACAAAUCUGAAUCAUGAAAAACCACUGCGAGAGCAGCUGUGGCUCAGCGGUAGAAUCAGUCCUCUCCCAUUUGGAAGGUUGGGGAUUCAAUCAUACUAAAGUGUCCUUGGGCAAGACACUUAACCCCACCUGUCUCUGCUAGCAAUAUAUAGUAGUGUGUGAAUGGAAUCAGUCAAAGACUGAUGGGCUCCAUACGUAGCAGCCUCUGCAGCCAUGUAGUGUGAAUGUGACAUGUGUUGUAAAAGCACUUUGAGUGGUCAGGAUAGAGAAAGCUCUACAGAAACAUAGUCCAUUCACCAUCUACUAACACAGACAUCAAAGGGGCAAUAUCGUAUAUCUUAUAUCUAAUAUCAAUAUCUUUAAUUAAAAGGCUUCAUUCUGUUCCAAAACACUUGAAUUUACACCUUCUGUCUUUUUUAGACUCCAUAGCCCUGCCAGAGGAUAUGUCAACCAAUGGAGGUAACAGUUGUCUGUCGCCAGACAGGAAGCUGCAGGCCAACUCCACAACUUUGCCCCGCCCUCUAUCACCAGACAGCCCAGAGAUCAUCAGCGAGUUGCAGCGCUACACAAGUAGCACAGCUGGAGCUCAAACAGCAAAGGGGGCAGUAGAGAACAGCCUGACUUCCUCCAAGCUUGUUCAGACAAACAGCGGCAGUGGCAACGUCAUCCAACCCAAAAUGGACGCUACUGCAGCCCAAGACAUGAGAGCAGGCACCAAGCGCAAAGCCUCCACCCCAUCCCAGGAGGAGCGGCCCAUUAAGCAGCCACUGACAGGCAAACACUCCUCAGCUCCUCCGCAAGGCUUUCCCUUCAGUGGAGGAUACGGCCUUCCCCCUUUGGGCCUCAACUCGGCCAUGCUGGGUGGCUCACUGGGGCACUCACUCUUCAUGGGGGCUGGCUCGCCUUAUUUCCAGCCUCCAAACAGUCAAUUGAGUGAUCCCAGCUGCAUCUAUCCAGAUCUGUUCGGCUUUGGUGGAGCCAGUGCAGUCCCCACCUCUUCUUGCUCCACGGCUUCAACUACAAGCACUGCUACUGCCACCGCCUCUUCCUCAUCAUUGUCAACCUCUGCUUCAAUCAAAGCUGCAGCUUCAGUUCCAGGAGCCCUCCCACCUUUCAUGCUCAGCCCCAGUAUGGCAGGCAUGGCUGGGAUGCUCCACCCAGGAUUCCCUCUCUCCUACAACCAGUCUUUGGCGAGUCUCUACGCGGGUUCUAUGCUUCCAGGUGGGCUGCCAGGUCCAGCUGCUACUCCUGGUCCAGCUGGAGCCAGUUUCCUCUCUCAGUACCCUCCAACCACUGCCUCCAGCUCCUCCUCUUCAUCUCCCUCCUCCUUCUCCCCCACAGCACGGUCAGAGGGUAACCUGGGCCCUGUGCUGGUUAAUGGCGGGAAUGUUAGCAGCUCCAGCAGCUCUGACGACGACGAUGACGUAAUUGAAGUCAGUGGACAGUGACAGAUGAUGUAUGUGGUUGUUUGAGCAAGCUUGAAUUGAUGUAAUUGUCAUAGAGAUAGGAUGAGAUCCUAUUUGCCAGGAUGCAGGCUUUAGAGCGCCUGUGGCCGAGACCAUGAGGGAAACGGACUGAAAUUAAAGAUAACGGAUGACAACUGAGCCCAUGCUAACGGGUUUCUUUCUGCCUCAGAGAAACAGGCUGAGUGGAUCGAAGAAAAAUGUGACAAGUCUUUAAGCUGAAAAUCAGAAGAUGAAUCCUGAGAAAGAAAAACCCAGACGGAAGAGGAAAAUCUGCGGACUUUGGGCUUACAAGAUUGAGUCCAAAACUAGCAUUGAUAUCCUGACCACUGGACUAGGUACUGCUGAGGGUGGGCUCGCAGUGGCCAUAAAUGGCCACUAGUUGUCCUGUUGACGUUAGAGAUUUUAGUUGUGCAGCUUUGCUCGAUGUUGAGACUUGCUUUUUUCAGCUAAUCAAAAUGAUGAUUAUAGAGGAAAUUUUCUCAAAAAAGGUUUGAUAAUUAAGGUAGCUGGUAGUAACAUUUGUUGAAUAUCAGUAACUGAAAUGGUUUUGUUUGUCAUUUGUCAAAUAUUGCUACUGAAUUCUUCUUUAAAUGGAAAAAGAAAUAGUGAAAAGAUCUUACCAAUCUUUAGGAAGCAUUUCUGUUUGACUCAGUAAUUCACUGCCAGAGCAGGGGGUUUGUUUGUCUUUGUUCUUGAAGAAAAUCUAAUCAAAGAACAAGAUCAUCUUGAGUUAAUGAAGACGAUGUUGAGGCUGGUUGAGGACGGGAUUAAAGACAAUUACUGAAACCUUAAAAACUCAAAAGACAGAAUGUAUUCUUAAUCAAAUGCCUUGAAACCAGGCCUUUUUGAAACGACUCCUUCUGUUCAGGCAUCCGAUGUGGGAAGAUGUGAUUUUUCUGUAUUUUUGUGUGUGUAUGUCUUUUAUAUUUAUGUAUUCUCUUUUACUUUUUAAAAGAAAAAUCAUUGCCUAAAAGACAGCCAGGUGAAAAUGAGAAAAAAACUGUGUUCUAGUGAGGUUUCCUCCUCGUAGCGGAGAAACAACCAACAGAAAAUGCCUUUUUGCCUCCAUCUUUCUGAAUGUGAACUGUAGGAGAGGAUAGGUGAAGAGAGACAGGCACUCACAGCGGCUCUCUGAAUCUCACCCACAGUCUUACUGUAGCCUCGCGAAAAACGAUGCAAAACACUCAAGCCUAUAUAUGUGUUUGUACAACCCCAGAAGAAUUAAGCUCGCAACCCUGAGUGGUGGUGGUUACGCUGGUGUCGUUACUGUGUUCGUAUCUGUGUGUCGUGUUCUUUAGGGUUACAAAAGGAAUCGCUGAAAAACAACUGAACUUGAUUUACCCGGUUUGGAAACUUGUUCUAAAAACAACAGAUUCCACCUCUUCUUGUGUUUUAUUUUUUCUCUUACCCAUCUCAUUUUGUGAACAGAGGUCAUUGUGAAACCAAACUGACUUUAAUUUUGGAGAGAUGGUGUGGCUUUGUUAAAACAAGAAACGCAGAAGCACAUCAAAACCUCCGCCGAAGAGGAUUGUGUCUCAAGAGACCAAAUAAUGUUGACAAUGAUGUAGAGAGGAAUUCAAAUCCUCCACAGAAACACUCUCUGCAGCAUCCUCACAGUCAACACCUACAUAUCCACCCCUCUGUAUGACCUGACAGGUAACACUGUACACUGUACUGCACUGUAUAAGAGACACUAAUCUGUAUCUGUCUGUAGACCGUCUGGAAGCUGGAAAGCUUCAUCAUGUGACCAAGAUACUUUCAGAUGAACAUGAACCAUAGUUCUGCUGUCCCCAUCAAUCCUCUCUGAUCACACAAACCCUUCACUCUGGUCCCAGAGUAGAAAAUCUUCUCCUCCAAAAUGGCUUCAGUGAGAGCUUUAAAAAAAAAAGCACCAGCUCUUGUGUUUGGAAAGAAACAUGGUCAAGAAAAGACAAAAGACGAAGCAUUUCCUUUUCUCUCACUUCCUUUUAUUUGUUCUUCAUACAGAAAUUGUUAGUUUACUCAUGUUUUUUCUUUUUUUUUUCUCUCUUUUUACAAUGUUUGAAUUUACCAAAUUAAUUUAUUUAUGACGGUGCAUAUUUAUUCAUUUUUAUUUUUGUACUAUGUUCAUUUUUUGUUUCCUUUUGUUGCUUUUCUUUAUCUUGUAAGUUUUUUUAUGAUCAUAUUACUGUUGUUGUUACCACAGAUCGUAACAUUUUCUGUUUGUCUUUUUGUACUGAGAGAACUGAUGAUCUGCCGAUCUGACCCGAGCAUGUGAACUUGUGCAGAACUUGCAUGUGGACCAACUAAAUAGUGCAUACUGUGCAAACAACUAGACUAGCAUAUUUAAGAUGUAAAGUAUAACAACUCUGAUCAGCUCUCGAUUGUAAGAAACCCAGACAAAAGCAUUAGAGACACAGUGAUGUUUACUGUGUUACGAGCUGUGAUAAACAUUUCUCAGACUCGUCUAUCAUCCUGCCUGUUCACGAGUUUUUUCACAUACACACAAAAACAAAAUUCUAAGUACAUUUUCUAAAUGACAUGAUCCUUUCUUUGCAUGUAAAUAAUGCUAAUUCACAAGCACUGGUCAGAAACUGAGGCAGCCCAAGCAUGCAGAAGUUGAAAAGAAAGAUAAAGUGAAAUUAAGUGCUUCUUUUUCCUCUUUGAAUUUUCUUUGUGUAUUAUCAUAUCAUCAAAAAUGUCCAUCUGUGUCAUCCCUGUGACAGCAAGCGAGUGAGUUCCUCAAUGUUGAACUGUUUGGUCGUCAGCUCGGAGUUUGCUGCGCUGACUGACUCAUAUUUCACAGCUUUCUACUUGAAUUUACAUAUUUAUUUAUGAAAAAUUGAUCGGGUCAGGCAAGAUGAACUGACCAUCUCCUGUUCCAUUUUAGCCGAGGAGAAGAUUAAAGCUGCUGUCUUUGAGGAUUGGCUGUGUUCAUAGCCUGUUGUGUAGUUUAUGGAUGGACAAUGUUUAUGACCUUGAAUUACUUUUAGAUCAUUUUUUGUUCGUUUUUUGAAGUUUGUAAAUAAAAAGAAACAUGUUCUAAAUAAUACCUUUCCUAAUUUAUUUACAGCAACAGUAGCAGAGGUAGUGCCUACUACCCCCCCCCCCCCACACACACACACACACACACACACACACACACACACACACACACACACACUUAAACACAUUCAAGCACAUGUAGUUAAGAAUAACUGAAAACUUCACCAACAGUUCACCUUUUCCCCCAACAAUCACAUUUGAUGCAAUAUGAGCAGUGUAAUUUACAGAUCAUUUUUGUGUUUGUUUUGAGGUGACUACACUUUGCAUGCCUACUGUCUAUAAAUUUAAGUAUAGUGAACAAUGUGGCUUAAGAAUCAGACUCUCAGUAGAAUCACUGGGCUUUAAGAAAAAGAUGUAGCAAGAAACCCUGAGAUAGAAACGAGCAAUGUAAUUAUAUGUCUGCAGAAGAGUUAAUGGUCUAUUUGGGAAAAAAUGACCUGGUUUUCACCAUCUUUGAGUCCUAAAACAAAUUAAAUCAGACAAGUCUUCAGAGGGACAAAAAAGAUCAUUUUUUGUGUUUAUAGACUUUAAAAUAAUACAUGCAAGUUGCAUUAACAUCUGCAGAGGUACUCAAUAAAAACAUCAAUAUGUGGGUGUAAAUGGCAUUUUCGUUUUGACCCCCUAAAAAAGUGAAUCUGCAAAGAAAAUAACCAAAGCAAUAAAGGUUCGCUGAGUAUUUGAAGCCUCUAAAGGUAAAAGCAAAAAUAUGCAGCACCUGUUGAAGAUAAGCUGUUGAGUUUCUGAACUACAAUCAUUCAGCUGAGAAAAACACACAAAAUGAAUCAAAAAUGAGGAAAAAAAGAAGAAAAAUAAGAAUUCCCUAUUCACAGCAGAAUCAGGUAAAAUCAAAAUACCAGACCUGAAGUGGGUUGUUGCCCCCUGUUAACGUAUUUGCAUCAUGAUCAUCAUCACAGGUUUUGGUACAUCAAGUACUUAUGGUUCCGUAUUUCAUGAUUUGGUAUAUUUUGUUAUCUUGUACUAGUUUUUAACACAUAGUGAAACACAGGUUUUGGGUUACUGACCCACUUCUCGUGUCCCACUUAGAUAAUUGAUUUUCCUGUACAAGCGUUUUGACUUUGGCAGAUUUUUACAUUCCACGUUUGAAUUGUCACAUUUUGAUUUCAGAGCAAACAGCAAAAAUGUCACUUUUUAAUUAAUCAUGAAAAUCCAACAGCCUUAAUUUUAUUUUUUUUUACAAUAGGGUUAGGUCUUAAAGUUGAUGAUGGUGAUAACUUAGUGAGAUCAUGGGCCUUUAUUAUCAGUGAGAGGGUGAAAUGUCCAGGGUUACAAAGAGCAAUUAGUGUCAUGUUUUUAAUGCCCUUCAAACUAAAGUUUGGUUUGGUUUUGUGGAGAAUGGGUAUCUUAACUAAUUUUGCCAUAUCUCAUUUACAUGGAACUUGAAAUGCAAAACCUGGCAACUACUUUUUGUUUGUAUGUACUGUUCAUAACCUUGUUUCUAAUUUACCAGUCACACUGACUGAAAGUAAGAAUUAUAACCACGGUUUUAGGACUAAAUUGUGCCUCUGAAUCAAUUAUGUAUAAAACAGAUUAUUUUAAAUUAUCCUCCACAGCCAGAAAAACAACAUGGCUGCUGGUCUCAACUUCAGCAGAAUAGAGCUGGGACAUACAAUUUUAGAGUGCAUGAAUCUUCAAAGUUAAAUAUAACAGUGUAAUGACUGAAGGUGUAGUAUGUGAGUCUUCACAGCAUGUACCAUGAAGCACAAUGGAUAUCAUGUCUUUUUUUUUAUUUUUUAUUUUUUAUGAAAUGGUACCUGUGAUUGUAAUCUGUUUCUGUAAACUGUAAAUGAAAAUUGCUGUUGUAAUCUAUGUCCUUCAUCUUUGUAACAACUUAUUUGUAUGGGGUUUGUCUUUUUUUUUAAUGUGAUGUAGAUUUGGUCGUUCCAAAUAAAAUGAAUGCAUAUGUGUGA